AUGGCGUCCUCUGUCGCGUCGCCUCGCGUCUGCACCGCGUCGCCGUCGACGACGUCGCGUCUGUUGCGUCGUCGUCGACGAGCGACGACGACGACGACGACGACGACGACGACGACGACGACGACGACCCGCGCGUCGUCGUCCUCCUCUGGAUCGAUCGCCGACUUCCCCGAAGAGAUGCGCGCGGCGUGCGAGGCCGUGCGCCUCGCCUCCGCGCUCUGCGCGUCCACGCAAGACGCGCUCCUCCGCACGGACGCGACGAGCAAGUCCGACGACAGCCCCGUCACGGCCGCGGACUUCGCCGCGCAGGCGAUCGUCUCCGUCGUCCUCGCCGCGACGUGCCCCUCGAUCGCGCUCGUCGCGGAGGAGACCGCGGACGCGCUCCGCGCGGACGCCGACGGCGCGCGGCUCCUCGCGCGCGUGACCCACCUCGUCAACGAGACGCUGCGCGGAGAGACGGGCGCGUCGUGCGCGUGCGGCGGCGGCGCGCUGACGGCGAACGCGGUCGCGGACGCGAUCGACCGCGGCGCCGCGGCGCCUUCGAGGCGCGGCGACGUCUGGAUCUUAGGCGAGUUCUCCUCGCGCCGGUCCCCGUGCGACUCCGUCGGCGCGGUGAACGCCGGCUUCGUCAACGGGCGGCAGUACGCCGUCGCGCUCGCGCUCAUGCGCGACGGCGAGAUCGUCGGCGGCGUGCUCGGGUGCCCGAACUUGCCGCGGCGCGCGAUUCCAAGGACGGAGACGAAGAUACAGACGUGCGAUCGCGGCGACGGCGGCGUCAUGUUCGCGGCGUUCAAAGGGCUCGGGUGCUUCGCGAUGCCGCUGCGCGACGCCGACGCGGCCGUGCGCUACGACGCCGCGACGCGAUGCGCGACGAACGGCGACGUGGUCGACGGCGCGGGCGCGCGGUACGCGGAGUCGUGGGGGGACUCCAUCGUCGCGGAUCACGCGAGGACGAACGCGCUCGCGUCUUCGUUGGGGAUCGCGACGGCUGGGUUGCAGACGGACAGGCGAGACUACUUCCCAUACGAUACGACUCCGUUCGCGCGGUAA